AUAGGUGUUAUUAGCUCAAUGAAGGUUGUCACAGGCGCAGAGAGGCGUACUCAGCCUGAGCUCGUUCAGCCAGGUGAUCGCGAGUGGGUAACAGUCAUCCAGAGCGUCUGCGCUGCUAGAUCUUGUACCCCACCUUUUAUUAUCUACAAAGGACGCGUUCACAUCUCUGCCUGGUACGAGGAGGCAGAUAUACCGCGCAAUUGGAAGCUCUCAGUCUCUCAGAACGGCUGGACGAACAAUGCGCUUAGUCUAGAGUGGUUGAAGCACUUUGACGCGCAUACAAAGGCGGGCCAGGAUUUCAAGGACUACUGCCUUGAACAUAAGAUCCUCACCCUCUGCAUGCCACCUCACUUGUCGCACAUCCUCCAGCCGCUUGAUGUGGUCUGCUUCUCGCUGUUGAAGCGCAAGUACUCUUAGCGCGUACGAGACUUAGCACGCAAGCGCGUCUUCCACAUCAACAAAGAAGGCUUCCUACCAGCCUUCAAAGACGCGUUUUGCGACGUGUUUACAGAGGCAAUCUGUUGCAAGGCCUUUAAGGCAUCAGGACUUGUCCCUCUUAACGCGCAGGUCGUAUUAGAUCGCCUUGAAGUGCGGCUGCGUACCCCGCCAGAACCCCUCCUCCUAGAGACGCCAUGGCAGUCAAAGACUCCAAGCAAUACACAUGAGUUUGGAUCGCAAUCAAAGCUUGUACGCGAGUCCUUUACUCGUUCUCCUAUUACUGCGCAGGCAGGCUUCUCUCAGCUUAUUAGAGGCGGCGAGCUUAUGCUGCAUCAGAACGCGCUUCAAGCAGC